ACUUUUCUGACUAAUAGUUAGCACGAAAAUAGUCGAUAUUUGUUCCAAUUACGAAUUUAAUCCCAGUAUGAAAUUAUGAUGAGUAAUUUUGUAUAUUAUUUCGUUGUGUUGCUUUGCUAUAGCAUUACGAAGUCGGAAGCAGAAUAUGCUAGAUAUUACUUUGAUUAUGAAUGUAAUGAGCCAUUGCUAGCUAAUGCCAAACUCACCGCCACAUCAAGCUUGAGAGAGAGGGGACCUGACAAUGCUAAAUUAUAUGGCACCAGCGCGUGGACACCAACAGAGAGCUCCUACUACCAACGCUUGACCAUCAACCUACGCUCAAGGAAGGAGCUUCGCGCCAUCGCCACCAGGGGGCGCUUCGCUACUGACGAAUAUGUCUCCGAGUACACGUUACAGUACUCGGACGAUGGAGAGGGAUGGAGAAUGGUUAACUCUGCUGACGCGUAUUCACAGACUUUCGACGGCAACCAUGACGGCAACACAGUCAAGAAGAACGAAUUCGAAGUGCCCAUCAUAGCGCAGUUCAUUCGCAUCAACCCCAUGCGAUGGAGGGACAAGAUCUCUAUGAGAGUCGAGCUGUACGGCUGCGAUUACGAGGCAAACACGAUGUCCUUCAACGGCUCAUCUCUGAUCAACAUGGACUUGCUCCGCGACCCGAUAUCCGCUUCCCGGGAGACCAUUCGCUUCCGGUUCAAGACCAGUACUGCUUCCGGUGCCCUGCUGUACUCCAGAGGGACUCAGGGGGACUACAUAGCGUUGCAAUUGAGGGAUAAUAGGCUGGUCUAUAAUAUUGACCUAGGUUCCGGCACAGCAACCUCCCUAUCCGUCGGCAGUCUCCUAGACGACAAUAUGUGGCACGACGUGCUUAUUUCUCGCACGAGGCGUGACGUCAUCUUUUCCGUCGAUCGAGUAGUCGUUGCCGGACGAGUCAAGGGCGAGUUCUCCAGGCUCAAUCUUAAUAGACAGCUAUACAUCGGCGGUGUACCCAACUUCCAAGAAGGCCUAGUAGUGAACCAGAACUUCACCGGCUGCAUAGAGAACCUAUACUUGAACGCGACCAAUGUCAUCUACGAGCUGAAACAAGGAUAUGAGACUGGCGAGUCGUUCAAGUACCAGAAAGUGAACACGCUCUAUGAUUGUCCAGAACCGGAAAUAGUCCCCAUAACGUUCCUAAAGGAAGGCUCGUACGCGAAACUGCGCGGAUAUUCAGGAGGCCAGCAACUAAACAUAUCGUUCGACUUCCGCACCUAUGAGACACAUGGCCUGCUCAUAUACCACAAGUUCAAAUCCGAGGGAUAUGUUAAGGUCUACCUUGAUGAAGGAAAAGUGAAAGUAGAACUUUUCACCGAAUUCUCUCCCAAAGUGAGACUCGACAACUACCCCGACGAGAUGUUCAACGAUGGCCGCUGGCAUGCUCUCAUGUUGACCAUGGCUACGGACAGCCUGACUUUAGCUGUGGACUAUAGACCGGUCAAGACUACCAAGAAGUUGAGGUUCUUUACUGGAAGCUCAUACUAUAUCGCUGGUGGUAAAGGCCCUCCGCGCGGGUUCGUAGGCUGCAUGCGCCGCAUAGCAGUGGACGGGAACUACCAGCGACCCACCGACUGGAAGAAAGAAGACUAUUGCUGCCCGAAUGACGUGGUUUUCGACGCCUGUCAGAUGAUUGACAGAUGUAACCCGAACCCUUGCGAGCACGGCGGAGAAUGCACGCAGACUGCCGACGAGUUCAACUGUAACUGCCAGGGCACGGGCUACGCUGGCGCCGUCUGCCAUUCAUCGGUGCACCCGCUGUCCUGCCAAGCCUACAAGAACGUGCAAGCAGUGGCUCGCUCCGCCGCCAUCAGUAUAGACGUGGACGGAUCCGGCCCCUUAGCUGCCUUCCCAGUCACGUGCCAGUUUUAUUCUGACGGACGCGUGCUGACAACGGUGCAACACUCGUCGUCCAUUUCCCAGAGCACCGUCGUGGACGGCUACCAGGAGCCCGGGAGCUUCAAACAGGACAUAACUUACGACGCGUCGCGCGCUCAGUUGGAGGCGUUACUGAACAGAUCGAGUUCUUGCUCGCAACGACUCGAGUAUAUGUGCCGACACUCGCGACUUCUCAACUCGCCAAGCGAGGAGUCUUCCUUCCACCCGUUCGCGUGGUGGGUGUCGCGCUCCGGGCAGCGCAUGGACUACUGGGCCGGCGCGCAGCCCGGCUCGCGCAUGUGCGCGUGCGGCGUGCUGGGCGCCUGCCUCGACCCCACCAAGUGGUGCAACUGUGACGCCGAGUACUCGCAGCUGAAGGCUCAAGAAUUCCAAACUGACGGCGGGGAUAUAACCGAAAAGGAGUACUUACCAGUAAAAGCUCUACAUUUUGGAGACACCGGCAGCCAUCUCGACGAAAAAGAGGGACGCUACACGCUCGGCCCGCUGCUGUGCGAGGGAGACGAUCUAUUCGGCAACGCAGUGACGUUCCGUAUAGCGGAUGCGUACAUCGCCCUGCCUACCUUUGAUCUCGGCCAUAGUGGCGACAUUUACUUCGAGUUCCGAACUACUAAAGAGAACGCCGUACUGUUACACUCUAAGGGCCCUCAAGAUUACAUCAAGCUGUCAAUUAUCGGAGGAGAUCAACUUCAGUUCCAGUUCCAAGUGGGAGACACACCGUUGGGCGUUAUGGUGGAGACUAGCAACCGCCUAGCUGAUAAUAAGUGGCACUCGGUUGCCAUUGAACGGAAUAGGAAAGAGGCCAGAGUGGUAGUGGACGGAGCUCUGAAGAAUGAAAUCCGCACAGCCAAGGAACCCGUGCGUGCUCUCCAGCUGUCUUCUCCUCUUAUCAUAGGAGCCGCUAUUGAUCGCAAGGACGGAUUCGUCGGAUGCAUCAGAGCAUUGCUUCUGAACGGACGACCAGUCGACUUACUGUCGUAUGCUAGACGAGGUCUGUACGGCGUGGCGGCGGGCUGUGUGGGCAAGUGCGAGUCGUCACCCUGCCUCAACAACGGCACCUGUCUCGAAGGAUAUGAUUCUUACUCCUGCGACUGUCGCUGGACCGCCUUCAAGGGACCCAUCUGUGCUGACGAAAUCGGUGUCAACCUUCGCGCCAACUCGAUGGUGAAGUACGAUUUCUUCGGCUCCUGGCGAUCAACCAUCGCAGAGAGCAUCCGCGUGGGGUUCACCACCACCAACCCCAAGGGAUUCGUGCUCGGCUUCUCUUCCAACAUCUCUUCGGAGUACCUCACCCUCAUGUUGACUAACUCUGGUCACUUACGGGUGGUAUUCGACUUCGGGUUCGAACGGCAAGAGAUCAUCUUCCAAGGCAAGCAUUUCGCGUUAGGCCAGUACCACGACGUCCGGUUAUCUAGAAAAAACAGUGGCGCCACCAUGGUUCUACAGGUGGAUAAUUACGAAGUCCAAGAAUACAACUUCAACAUAAAGGCUUCCGCCGAUGCGCAAUUCAACAACAUCCAGUACAUGUACAUAGGGCGGAACGAGUCCAUGCACGAGGGCUUCGUAGGCUGCGUCAGCCGCGUAGAGUUCGACGACAUAUACCCGCUGAAGCUCAUGUUCCAACAGGAUCCUCCGCCUAAUGUUAGGAGUUUAGGUGGGGUUCUUAACGAAGAUUUCUGCGGCGUGGAGCCUGUCACCCACCCCCCAGAGCCUAUCGAGACUAGGCCGCCUCCGCCGAGGGACCCUGCCGACACAGACAUGCAUACCACUGACGAAGCCAUUCUUGGAACGGUGCUAGCUUUUAUAUUCCUAAUGCUUAUCAUCGUUGCGGUCGUGUUGGUCCGAGCACUGUCGCGGCAUAAGGGAGAAUAUCUCACGCAGGAGGAGCGCGGCGCCGACGGCGCGGCGGACCCGGACCAGGCCGCGCUGCACGCCGCCACGGGGCCCAAGGUCACCAAGCGCAGAGAGUUCUUCAUCUAGCCUGCCCUGCACAUCUAACACAACACGCCGCAGGACUACAUCACUUAACUAGUACCUGUCUUCAUAUAGACACUACGAGAUAAGGAAUACUCUAAGGAUUACCGUUACCGGACUACACUCCAUACCUGUUACAUAUAAUGUUAAAACUUAGACUAUGAGUCAUGAUACAAUGACAGUCCAUCUAGAUACAACUAGGGGUACGCAUCGAACCGUUCGUUACCUAAUUUAGCAUUUUAAUAUAGGAAUUUCCAUAGAUUCCUGAACUGUAAAUGAUGUGACUAGCCCUAAAUGUGUCAUAGCUCACGCUUCGUCGCUUACCAUAACCUUAUUAUACUGUCGUGCAACUUUCCAUAAUUUGAGCGACCGGUACCUAUAAACAAAUGCAAGUAUUGCAUUCCUACAAAAAUUACGAUAAUAAAUCACAUGAAUUGCUCAUCUCUCUCUAUCCUACUUUCUGGUAUCAAAUAGUAAAUAAAUAACAUUGCAUUCAGUAUCAUCAUAUAGUGAAUUGCAAAUUCUGAAUGCAAUUCAGUAUCCAUUCUCCAUCCACUAAAACUAUAAUACGUACUAAAUACUUAUCAUUAUUUAGAUCACAACUGACAUUGUUUAGACUUCGUCGAAGAAAAACCCAUGUAGGUAAUAUUUCCAGAUUAAAGUCAGUCUUCCUUUAGGAAUCAAAAGUAUUAUUGUACUUUCAAUUACCAUUAUUUACAUACAUAUUACCUUACGAUUAUUUGAAAGGCCUACUAUAUGUAAGCCUCACGCGUAUCAUCUGAAUAUAUGUAUGUAUAAAUCUCAAUUAUUUUUAACUAUGUAUUUUACGAAUAUGUGCUAUAAUGGCAGCCUAUUUAAGUGAUCUUGCACUGCUGACUAUACACCAAAAAUGCGCUAACAACGUCUAUUAAGUAUAUACACACAUCACAAAAACGUAUUUUCAUAUAAACUUCGCUUAUCGAAGGAAAACAGUCUUAAUAUAUCAAUAUGUAACUUUAUAUUAAGUAACAAAACUAUCAUAAACUUAAAAUCUGAAAUAUGUACCAUCUAUAAUGGUAACUGUCAUUUUUGAACCUCAUUGUAAAGAUAUUAAGGUUCACGUAUGGUCAGACAGUUUUUAACUUUUUAGUACUGUAAUGUCAAUCGCACUUAAAGACAACUUAGUCGCGUCUAACCUCACUGCCUUGUAGUACAAACUUGUCUCUCUUCUAUCAUAGACUAAGUAUGUAAGUCGUCUUACGGCGGUCCAGGAUCUUUGGCCAAUGUGUAUCACAUUUUGUUUCAAAACUACUCUUUUUACAACAUCCGCAUGGGUAAUUAAAUUGAAAGUUAAAAUCUGAAAGUUUACUACUACAAGUGGAAAACUUCCUUUAGAUCUGCCCCUUUAGCACAACUUGCCUUGUCGCGCGCGAGUCCAUACAUCAAGCACGACUUCAAGUAUGGGCUCGCGCGCGACAAGGCAAGUUGUGCUAAAGGGUCCUAUUUCUCGAAGCUUUAAGUUAGGUACAAAUUUACAAGUGGUUCAAAUGUCUAAUAUGACAAGUUGGAAAGAGGCUUCACUUGUAACUUUCAGUUUUGAGAAAUAGGCCCCUGAACACAUUGGUCGGUCAUGAGACCUAUUUUAUUUGUACUCUAUCAUGUAUGUAAUAGUCCUAGUUGUCUAUGGCCUGCUCAUAACAUUCUAAACUUUCUCUCCCGUCGUGCCAUUUGGCUUUUAUAUCAUUUUAUACUUUAUAGUGAACAUUAAAAUAUCAACAUACCAUGGGAAAAGCGUCUUUAAAUGCCUAUAUUAAAGGGGCUUCUAAACGGGAAAUAUUUUUACUGCAAUAUGUGGCCGGCAGCUAUUGGUAACAAUGUCUUUCUCUAAUAUGCCAGUAUGAAAGGAGAUAUCAAUAGUUGCCGGCCACAUAUUUCAGUGAGAAUACGUAGUGAAAGUAAAACUUAGGGGCAAAAAGUUACAUAUUGCCUAGAACGUCUAGUUCAAGCAUUUCUGUAGGCCUAGCACAUAACUGCCGUGGGAGUAUGUCGCCGCGAGAUAAAUGACACGGCUUCUUCUAAUUGUAUUAAUGACAUAAGCACGGGUAGUCUAUCACGCGGCGACAUACUCUCGCGGCAAUCAUAUGCUAACCCUGCUGAUGUUAUAAAAGUGCCAGUGAAAUGCUCCGAAGUCGAGUGCGCGAUAUAAUUUUGUGAAGUCCAUAAAAUAAUACUAAUAAUCUCGCUUGUGCUAAAUCUGAGCCUACAUUUUUAGCAAAGGUAAACAAGACUAGGUUUUAUUGGCAACAGCAUGUUAAUGCGUUUAUGAUUCUCACUUAAUUUUAUAUAAAGAUUUUAAAUUGUGACAAAAAUACAAAUUAGUGUAAGUUUUAGUUUAUAAGUUGUCAGGUAUCUCUUUAUGAAUAUAUUAUUUUGGUAGAAUUUGUAUUUAGUUGUAGUUUUUUGUUUUCCGUCCAAAAUGAAUUUACGUUGAGUGAUGUAUUUUACUUACUAUGAACUUAGGCACUGGUACCAUUAAAAGGGCGUAGACGCCAUGAUAGCGCGAGCGAGUUAAGGUACAGCAGGGCAAAUCUCGACUGGGGGGCAAAUGUAACUGGUCCAUGUUUUCCAUGUUUUACAAUGUUUGCAUUAUUAAAUAGUGUCCACCGGUUAUAUUGGUAGGAGUGUUCAGUGGAUACAUGUAGAACUCAACAUUAUAGUGUAAUAAUGGAAAAAAGUGAUUAGUUACGAUUGUCCCCCAGUCGAGAUUUGCCUCGCUGUACCUACCUUAUAUUAUAGUCCGUCGCCGAGCGAUAGAACUAUAAAUAUAAAUCGCUCUCUCUCUCUCUCUUCUUUUAUUUACACAGGAGCGACUAUCUUUUGUUCUUUUCUAUCGCCGACAGCUCAUAACUCCUCGCUUCUGUUGGGACCAGUGCCUUAAUUGUGUGUUUUUAUAAUUUUAGUGAUAUUAUAUACAUUUUUAGGUGUUUAUUUUCAGACUUAUAGAUUUUACAAAAAAAACUGUUUGCUUUUGAAACUGCAAAAGUACGAGCCAUUACAAUUAUCUUGUAAGCGUAUGUACCUUGAAGAUAUUUUCUACGUAAUAUAAAGCGAAGUUUUGUAUCAUGUAUCAUAAAAUUCAUACUUUUUGUAUAUCGUAGUUAUAUAAUUGAGUUUGAGGAGGCACUUCUAUACGUAUCAAAAUCCAUAGUUUUUAAAGUAGUUCACGACAUAGUCUGACAAAAAAAGUAGAAAAAUUUGUAACAAGGUAGAUCCUUUCAAAUGAAUGUACCUAGUAAAAAAACGAAAAGACACUACGGUGUUGCCACUUUUAAAGUUUUUGCCAGGUUGUAUUUAGAAAUGUGACAGAUUGUCAUUAUUACACACAAUAAGGGCUCUUUUUGUACCUUAAAAUCUCAGAUACCUAAUUGAAGUACUAAGGUUGAGAAAUAGUCAUCCAAAAGUUCUCAACAACUUAAGCGGUGAAGGAUUCCCCAAACCUAUCUACUUGGAAACGGCUAAGAAUCGCUCUACAGUUUCAAGAGACGCGUCUUCGUCGCUGAACCGUCACUGAUUUUUGGUUAACGAAAUACGAUUCCGCGUCGAUAGAUUUGGGGAGACCCUAAGUGUGGAAGUGCCUCUUUGACUCGGCAGGUGUCGUGCCUUCGCCACAGGCGCCUAGAGUAACACGUCACGUAGACUUGUAGAGUUUUUAUUUUAAUACUUCACAAUAAAUUCUCCACGAAUUAA